AAUGUUGACAUUAGGUGAACCUUGGUUCCUAGAUAGCUGAUUCAAGGAUACUCCCUUCAAACCAAGCACAAAAGAGCUAUAUAGGAAGCUGCAGCCCUUUCUCUUCAAUCUCUUCUCUUUUCCCAAUCCAAGGUUUUCCUGAUCAACAUGGCAACCCUAAGCUUCAUUUCUGGAGUAAUAGGGAACAUCAUUUCUGUACUGUACAUGCUUUCUCCUGUGCCGACGUUCUCGCGAAUAGUAAAACAUCGAUCGACCGAGGAGUUUGAGAGCCUCCCUUAUGUUAGCUCAUUAGCAACUUCAUCCUUGUGGGUUUUCUAUGGACUCAUGAAGUCUGGAGGCCUCCUGAUAGCCACUGUCAAUGGUUUUGGCAUAAUCAUCGAGCUCGUUUAUGUAAUCUUAUUCCUCAUAUUUGCACCUACAAGAGUGAGGGCCAAGACUGCCAUACUAGUUGUGACUUUGAAUGUGGGAUUUCCAGCAGGUGUGGUUCUGAUUACUCUUUUCGCCAUGGAUGGAGAUUUACGGCUCGAUGUAUUAGGGAUUGUUUGUGCAGUCCUAAAUAUAUUAAUGUAUGGUUCACCCUUUGCAGCCAUGAAAAAGGUGGUGAUGACAAAGAGUGUGGAAUAUAUGCCUUUCCUUCUGUCUUUUUUCCUUCUCUUGAAUGGAGCGAUUUGGACUUUCUAUGCCAUCCUUGUGAAAGACUUUUUCGUUGGAGUACCAAAUGGGAUUGGAUUCAUUCUUGGAGCCGCUCAGAUUGUGCUCUAUGCCAUGUAUUGGAAAUCUAAGACAUCUCAAAAUCUUUCAGACGUCUUGGACGAUGAAUGGCAGCACAAGCUUCUGAUCCAUGAAAACAGUGAAGAGUAGAGGCUCAACAUUGAAUGAAGAUGAAUCCAAAGUGAUUUUUUUUUUUCAAUUCAUACGUGUAACUUAUUUAUAAUUUUUGUGAUUUAUUUAUAAGUGCUUUGGCCUAUCCAAGUAAUUAAUUUAUUUAUAAAA